GUGUGACCGCCAGCCGCCUGCGCCAGCGCAUGGAAAGUGCUUUCGCAACCAUACUUGCCCUCUGCCUGCUGACUGGGCACCCGUCGCAUCCUCACUCACUCACUGUACCGUGACUCCAGCUACAAGAGCAGCUACUGGGGCGCGACGCAACGUAAUCCAUUCCGUUGGGUUUAUUGGAUUAUCACUGCAGCACACCUAGGCCCAAUUCAUCAACUGAACCAUUCAAUCUACCUGCUGACGCACCCCGUGUGCUCUACGGUACCAUUGCGACAUGGCCUUAUCAACUACCAAUGUGGAUUUCUCAAUCCCGAUCCCGGCUCCCGGAUCCAAAUAUCAUCUGGAUUCGCCCGACUCAAAAUGGACAUGGUCAUUAGAAAUACCGCAAAUCUCUGGAAGUUCUUCGUCUUGGUUCUCAGCAGACUUGUUCCUAACUGUUCGUGACAAAACCUGUCCUGCAUCAAAGAGGCUAGUUACAUGGGGAGGCGCUAUUGUAGCAGGCAAACUAAUUGGUAAAGGAGAGCUUGAAUUGUCCAAGCGAUUUCUACAAACACCUUACAAACUUGCGAACCUACAAUGGUAUCAUCACACCAUGGGUAUUAGAUUCUCCGGUAAACUGGAAGUACUGUAUGAGAUGUCAGCGCCGAUACCAUCAGAAAAGCCAAACCUCAUCGCAGCUGGUGGUACUCAUGGUACUGCCUCUCUCUCGAAGAGUCUGGGUUCACUCCUGGACUCUGGCUUACUGUCUGAUGUGAAGCUGUGUACUGAGGGGCAGGAGGUUCUAGCUCACCGCAGCAUCCUGGCUGCCCGCAGUGAGUUUUUUAAAACAAAGUUCAAGCCUGAGUGGGAUGGACACACUGUCGACGUUGAUGUGGAACUCCCCGUCCUCAAGGAGAUGCUCAGGUAUAUCUACACAGGAAGUCUUGGAGAUAAUGUUGACAUGGUCAAGCUUCUCGUAGCUGCUGAUAUGUACUUGGUCUCUGACUUGUGCGAUGAGGUAUCAGAACGGCUUAAGCAUUAUUUGUCAUCUAACAUCAAGAGCGCUAUAUCAGUCUGCUGCGACUUGUUAAAAACUAGUGCGACUCUGAACUGCCCAACCCUCUGGAAAGUUGUACUUCGUUACCUGAAAUUGCAUCGUGAUCAGGUGCUGAAGUCUAGAGAGUGGAUGGAUUUCCAGACGACCAACCGCCAGACAGCAGGCGAAGCUAUGCUUGACAUGUACAACCUCCUUGACUAGUAAUCUUUGAAAAGGAUGAGUUAACUUAAACUACCACCUGUGUCAGAAGUUUAUUUUUUUAAUCUUUAGUUAUCACUCUAUUAUCUUUGAAACGGAUAUAUUACUUAAACUACCACCUAAGAGAAGUUAUUUUUUUUUCUUUAUUAAUCAAUAUAUUUGUCGAAUUGACUGAUUUU